CUAUUUGAACCUGCUUGUACGAUAAUGGCUUUUCUUGCCAUUUUGAUCCUGGUACCUGAACUGUUUGUCGCUCUUGCCAGAUUGAUCGUUGCGGAUGAGAUUGACUACUUAAUAACACAAGAACGGACUGUGCUACAUGACCUUUUCAUGCUUACCAACCACCUGUUCUCCAAAUGCAUGUUAAUAGGAAUUGCAAAUGCCAUAGACCCAGCUGAUCGCUUUCUACCAAAGCUUGAAUCCUUGAAUUGUUUUUCUUUCUUCACAGCUGAUCUGAUAAGUGACAAUACGACUGUACUUUCUUAUUUACAGGUAAUUGAUAUUAUGUACAUUCUAAUUUUCUUCUAUACUCCAGUGCCACUUGCAUAUUUUCUUCCGUCAUGCCAGGAUAUCAUAUAAACUAUUUUCGUGUGACUGUUAUGCGCUAGGGCGAGUCCAGUUAUCCUUAACCAGGCAGUACUUUUUCUGAGAAAGUAUACAUUUUGUUUAGGACAACACCAGGCUAUGGCUUAUAGUAUCUACAUCACUAGAUGCUAACCAAACACUGCAGGUAGGUGAAAUUACCUAGCACCAAUGCUAGGUGAUGUGUGGGUAGGUGCUAAAAAACCCUUGCCACCCAAUCCUAAGCUAAAUACAUUACUCGUGGUUACAUAUAACAUUUUUACUUUAUCUAAAAAAAAUGAGAAGUACUCCCCCAAGUCUCCUCGUUGAUGUCCAACGGACGCCAUGCAACCAAUGGUACUGCCAUCAUGACAACACUCACCUCCAUGCUAAUCGAGGUUUUCGACCUGCCUGAAAUGGACAAGGUCAUUCGGGCAUCUGCUUUUGAUGUGUUAUUUUAUCUUUUUGAUAAGAACUCAAGUGUAGCCAACAUGAUUAAUUUUAUGUUCUAUGCUACCAGUUGUCUGGGCAUCCACUUUUGAUGUACUAUUUGUUCUCUCUUUGUAAGAUCAAUUCUGUGUUAUAAAAACUAUGC